AAGUGCGUCAGUAGAAUCUCCGAAUCUCAAGCCAUGGCUUCAGCUGCUGCCUCCGCUGGUACUGCGAUUUUCUCUCAAUGCAUGGGCGCUAUUGCUCAAGUGAAGAAGCCUUCACCGUCUUCUACGCACUUAGCAUUCGCUCGCUUUCCUGAUCGAAGAACUGGUACUCCUCCUGCGAAAAUCCGUUAUGGAUCUUGCAUGUUUCCAAAGGAUUCUCUCUUCACCCCAAGGGCAACAGUUCUGUCUGGAGUGGAGAAUUCUGGGUUUUCGGUUAGUGUUAAGAAGGCCGACAAUCCGAUCGUUGUCAUCGAUAAUUACGACAGUUUCACUUACAAUCUUUGCCAGUAUAUGGGAGAGCUGGGUUGUAACUUUGAGGUCUACCGGAAUGAUGAGCUCACUGUUGAGGAAUUGAAAAGGAAAAAUCCAAGAGGAGUACUUAUAUCUCCUGGGCCAGGUGCACCUCAAGAUUCAGGUAUAUCAUUACAAACUGUUCUAGAACUUGGACCUGUUAUACCUCUGUUUGGUGUUUGUAUGGGGUUGCAGUGCAUUGGAGAAGCUUUUGGUGGAAAGAUUGUUCGCUCUCCUUUUGGUGUUAUGCAUGGAAAAAGUUCUCUUGUGUAUUAUGAUGAAAAGGGGGAGGAUGGAUUGUUUUCAGGAUUACCAAACCCUUUUACAGCUGGUAGAUAUCAUAGCCUUGUUAUUGAAAAUGAAAGUUUUCCUAGUGAUGAACUUGAAGUUACAGCAUGGACAGAGGAUGGGUUGAUAAUGGCUGCCCGUCAUAAAAAAUAUAAGCGUCUCCAGGGGGUCCAAUUCCAUCCUGAAAGCAUUAUAACUAAAGAAGGAAAAACCAUUGUCCGCAAUUUCAUCAAAAUGAUCGAGAGAAUGGAGGCCAAAUUGGACAAUGAGGCGUAUAAAACUUUUUAACAGGUCUAAAAUAUUCUGUAGAAGCAACAAGAAAUUGUUGUAAACAUUAUCUUUCUUGAAAGAAAUAAGAUUAAUUUUUUACCCAGUAA